AUGGAAGGGAGUGGGGACAUGUUCAGAGGCUCUCCGGUUGCCGGAUCAUCGUCAGCAUCUUCUUCAUCGAUGAGUUCGAGAAGAUACGGAUUCCCGUCAGCAGCCAGCAUAAUUCAAGCACCGUUAUCAGCGCUUCUGGAAUAUUCUGGUAUUCUUCCCCCUAGGUCGAACCAGCACCAACCUAACCCCGAUUCUGUCCCCAAUGAAGGUGAGGUUUCAAUUAGGAUCAUCGGUGCCACUGAGCAAGAUAAUCACAGGGAAGAGGAGGUUUCGCCACUGGUGGUCAACGUGAACGAUGGUUCUGCUGCUGCGGCUGGGAUGACGUCUACCCCUUCACAUGGCGAUGUUGAGGGUGUUUCGAGGUCCGGGAGUGGAAAUGUUGAUGCAGAAGCAGGUAGUGGUGGUGGGGAUGGCGUUGGUGCUAAUGGAAGAGAUUCUUCUUACCAGAGAUAUGAUAUUCAGCAUGCUGCUAGGUGGAUCGAACAAGUCUUGCCCUUUUCUUUGCUUCUUUUGGUGGUUUUCAUUCGCCAACAUUUACAAGGGUUUUUUGUUACCAUUUGGAUUGCUGCUGUUCUUUUCAAGUCAAAUGACAUUCUGCGAAAACAAACGGCUUUGAAGGGAGAGAGGAAAAUGCCUGUUUUGAUUGGAAUUUCUGUUGCGUUUGCACUUCAUGUGGUUGGUGUUUAUUGGUGGUAUCAGAAUGAUGAUCUACUGUAUCCGUUAGUCAUGCUUCCUCCCAAAGAAAUACCACCUUUCUGGCAUGCUAUUUUCAUCAUCAUGGUGAAUGAUACUUUGGCUCGCCAGGCUGCAAUGAUAUUCAAGUGUAUAUUGUUAAUGUAUUACAAGAAUAGCAGAGGCCGCAAUUAUCGUAAGCAGGGGCAAAUGCUGACUUUAGUUGAAUACCUCCUCCUGCUUUACCGAGCUUUAUUGCCAACACCAGUUUGGUAUCGUUUCUUCCUGAACAAAGAAUAUGGAAGCCUCUUUUCAUCACUGAUGACAGGAUUGUAUCUAACAUUUAAGCUGACAUCUGUGGUUGAAAAGGUGCAAUCUUUCUUUGCUGCAGUGAAGGCAUUGUCACGUAAAGAAGUACACUAUGGGGCUCAUGCAACAUCAGAGCAGGUUGUUGCAGCCGGUGAUCUUUGUGCCAUUUGUCAAGAGAAGAUGCAUGCCCCAAUCUUACUUCGCUGUAAACACAUUUUCUGCGAAGAUUGUGUAUCAGAGUGGUUUGAGAGGGAAAGGACCUGCCCAUUGUGCAGGGCUUUGGUAAAACCUGCAGACCUCAGGUCAUUUGGUGAUGGCUCUACAAGUUUGUUUUUCCAGUUAUUCUAA